AUGGCCGCCGCUCCUAGAAUACGCAUUGAGGCCAAUGCCGAUGUCUCCCACUGUCUAAGCCAGAUUCGCCAAGCUUACCACCUACAUGCCCAACAGCAGCUCGCGCCGGGACGUAUUCCAGACCUUUGGACAACCCUGCAUCGCACCCACUACACCCAUGGAUGGCGUAUGCAUGCUUCGCAGUCUGGUCAGCCGGGGUGGAAGCCACCAACUCUUGGUACCGAGGAUGACCCCCGGGACUUCGUACCAUUCCUGCGCCGACAGUUGGCACCUGAUGAGUUGGCCUUUGCCCUUUUUGUUGUGUUUCAAGGACACCGGACCAGUAUGCGCGACGAUGCUGGUGCCGAGGUCAAGCGCAGAUACAAUGCCCUCAGGGGUAAUGUUGGAAACUUUAGCGAGGACGACAUCAUGUUCGAACUCGGCCCCGAAGUCCUCCGCAGCACUCCCGCUCUCCGCACCCUCAACAGCCUCCUCAACCCCCGUGAAACCGCCGCCCUCCGCUUCCAUCCCGUCGCUGUGUUUCGCGCUGUCCGUGCCGAGAUGCUAGAGAGGCACCACGAUGCUGUAAAUCCGCCCUCCGUCCUCCCCAUUGACGUCAACCGUGCUGCCCUCCACACCCCUCGGACCCCCAUACGGGCCGAGCCUCUCCCCUCCGGAGCCGUCAGCUCCCCUGCCGAUUUCCGGACCCCCCCGCAGGGCCCUCUAGUGCUGCCGGCCGAGGCCCGCCCCGUGGUGCGCGAGGAGCUCGAACGAUGGCGCGAGAUCGUCCGCCUGGUCCAGGCAAUGCCGGAGCCCACGGGCAAUAGCCUCUGGGUGGAGACUGUCCGCGCGGCGACGCAAUCAAUGAGGCCAGUCAGCUUGUGGGUCGAGAACAUGCUCGAUGAGGAUGCUCUGCGCGAUGAUACGGCCCAGUAA